UACAAGGUGUACCACUGUGUUCACUGGUCUCCAACAUGGCUCGUCUCGGCCUCCCCGUCUUUUUUGUCCUGUGCUUCUCUCUCCUCCAGUCCAGCUAUGGACGUCCGCCUCGCAUCAAAAAGGCAACUGAGGAGGAUGACUUGAAGGGCCAGCUCGAGAAGUUGUGGCGAGAAGUGAAUUUAUUGAAAGAGAUGCAAGCCUUGCAGACAGUGUGCCUCCGUGGCAUCAAAGUUCACAGGAAGUGCUAUCUUACAAUUGAGGAACCCAAACACUACCACGAGGCGAAUGAAGACUGCAUCGCCCAAGGAGGUACCCUUGCUACGCCACGAGAUGCUAUGGAGAACAAUGAACUGCGAGACUACGCCAAGAGGAGUUCUCCAGGCUCCAAGGACUUCUGGGUCGGCGUGGCUGACAUAGUGAAAGAAGGCCAGUAUGUUGACGUCAACAGCCAGCCCGUGGGCUACCUCAACUGGGAUCGCUCCAAGAAGCAGCCCACAGGAACCAAGAGGGAGAGCUGUGUAGCUCUUUCAGUAGCUGCACAGGGCAAGUGGUACGACGAGGUGUGUCGCAGCUUGAAAAAGUACAUUUGUGAAUAUAUUAUCCCCUGAAGGCUACCCAGUGCUGUAGGCUUGAUGAUCAGCUACUUCCUAUGCAAGUCUAUGGAUGAAAGAGAGAGCAUCUCUUGCCGAAAAUGUGACGGUAAAAGCAGAGUAAAUAUAUCAUUGUUAGUAUUGCCCAGUCCAAACACGCUGUUUAGUUCAGGAAUGUCCAAUGUGCGGCCUGAGGGCCAUUUGCGGCCCAAAGCUUUUUUUAUUUAAUUUUUUUGGCUACCGACACAUUCUAAAGAAAAAAUAAAAGCAACUCGGAUUAGAACAUUACGCAAAAAAAAUUAAAAAUUAUAUAAAUUUGCCUAAAUCCAAAUAAGAUCUAAAACCCAAAAUGGCUGACGACCUGUGCGUCUAACAGUAUGUUGUUUGGUCUUGGAUGAUUCCCGGGCAUACUGUCAUGGUAAACGUGUCCAAUUGUUUUGCAAUACAAUAAGUUUUUAAGUGUACUAAAGUCUUAAAACAUGUUUAAAUUGGCGGAAUGAUAUUUGUAAAGGGUUUCGAUUAGAUAUUACACUCUAAUUUGCUUUGCUACUUAUCACAUACAGCUAAGUUGUUGUGUUCCGAUCGUUAGCAUAUAUUAAUUGACCGACAUUGUAUGUUUUAGUGAUUUUAGUGUACACAAUUUACCAAAGUGCAUGCCCUGCAUCCUUAAAUUUUUCUGUAUGCAACUCUGACUGGAAAAUGUUUGGACAGCACUGGUUUAGUAGUACAUUUGUUUUAACAUAAUCAAUUCAAAGUAAGUAAUUAAAAAAUUAAGUAUAAGAGUUACAUUAUUUUCUAGUUGUGACAAUCCCUGGUGCAAAGUCUAGCCACUUUAUAAAUGUGUGCAAUUUAAGCGGAUUUUCCUUCAUAAUAGCUGGUGCUGCUCAGGAGUGCAAUGAUGCUCAUCACUUUUUAUUUGCUGCAUCUUUUAUCAAUCAAUCAGUCUGAAAAUGUAUGACAAUAAACAUACUGCACAAAGAAUAAAGAAU